AUGUCUUCGAUUGAAGAGCUGCAGAAAACUAUAGCAGAUCUGAAAACUAAGUUGGACAAUGAGAGGAGACGGGCUCAAGAGUUGGCAGGUAGCGCAAAACGGCAGCCGAUUGCUCAGAUGAGUGCAGAAGUGGUUGACUCAAACCCAUACAGUCGUCUGAUGGCUUUGAAGAGAAUGGGUAUUGUUGACAACUAUGAGAAAAUCAGAGACUUCAGCAUUGCUGUAGUUGGGGUGGGAGGAGUGGGCAGUGUGACGGCAGAGAUGUUGACACGAUGUGGCAUUGGUAAAUUGAUACUGUUUGAUUACGACAAGGUGGAGCUGGCUAACAUGAAUAGACUCUUCUACCAACCACACCAGGCCGGCCUGAGUAAAGUGGAAGCUGCCGAGAGAACCCUCAA